AUGGAUACUGGAACAAGCAUAAUGGACGACGAAGCUGCCCCAUUGACCAAAGCCGAUUUGCUUGCCAAAUUGGAAGAUUUGGAAACUCGAUUGAAAGAGUCCAAUGACAAGGAACUGAAGAAUAUGGAGAAACAGAUGAUAAAGGCAACCGCAUCGAAGUAUCGCACUCUAGAGAAACUUGUUGUGGAACAGCAGGCGCAGUUCAAUACAGGCGGAGCAUCAACAUCAUCAGUACUUAAAAAGGACUGGAAAACUGACAAGGCAUCAGAUACUGCCGAUACAGAAAAACUGCCCGAGUCUACUGCUAGUUUCUUCUUGGUCGCAAAGUGCCCAAAAGUGUUUGAGGUUUUCACAAAAGACAAAGACCCCGCAGCUGUCACACAUAACAGUUCUAGCGCUACGCUGUCCAUUGAUGUAGGAAGCAGCGAUCCUGAUCUUGGAACUGGAGCUAGAAGCAGUCCAAAACAAAGUGAAACAAAGCCCGGAUCAUGUUGUUUCCGAUCGGUGGAUUGGACAUCACGAGAUCUCUUUUACAUUCCAUUUUGGUUUGCGUUUGCGACAUUGCUCUUGCAGGUGGGCAUUUACUUUAUCAUCUUUGCCAAUUCCACACAGUUGCGGUCCGCAAACCCAUUCAAACUUCCUAUUGGUGUCGAUCCAUGGACUCGAGCUGCUGAAAUUUUGGCCACUGCUAUUACAGUGUACUCGCAAGCAGACUUCUUUGAUGGUUUAAUUAUCUUUGCCCACAGCGCUGAGUUGGUGAAGUCUUAA